GAGAGGAUUGAGAUGCUGAAGGAAUGCUACUAGGAACAUUGCUUUCUGUGGUGUGGCUUUUAAACUGGAACUUUGAGGGGAAUUCUUGCAGCUCUAUACAGUUUUUCUUGAGGGAAAGGAAUUUCCUGUGGACUAUUGGGGAGCAGCUUCUUAGACACCAGUGCUGUGUACUUUGCCAUGAGACAAAACCUGUCCUGAAGGUCACUCCAUGCAACGCUAUCCUUAUCCCUUUGCACCAAUGGACCCUCAGGUGUGCCCGCCACCUCUGAACAGCAGCCAAUCGGUGAUCAGCUUACUUGACAAAUCCCCAGCUAGUACAUUCAAACCUGGCCACUCACGGAGCAGCAGCACUGGCUCCUCCAAACAUUCAAAACAGUCUCGUAACUGGGAGGUGAUGGACGACAUGCAGCAGCUGGAUAUGUAUUCAGUCCCGGGCUCCACUCUGGACCUCAGUAUCCCUGGGAUCUGUGAGGGCUACUUGAUGAAGAAGAGGAAAUACCCGCUCAAAGGCUGGCACAAGAGAUACUUCCUGUUGGAGAAAGGAAUUCUCAAGUACUCAAAGACGCAGCAAGAUAUUCAAAGAGGAAAGCUCCAUGGCUCUCUGGAUGUCAGUCUGGCUGUUAUGUCCAUCAACAAGAAGACCAAAGGCAUAGACCUGGAUGCCGGAGACAACCUCUACCACCUCAAGGCAAAGAGCCAUGACCUUUUCUACAUCUGGUUGACCAAGCUGUGUGCCCAUCGUCUAUAUAGGAAAAACGAGGCCAUGAGUGUCCAUCAUGGCGUCCUUCACGCUCUCUCCAUGGGCUCAAGCACCAUGCCAGCCAUGGCCACUCUUGCCCAGACAAACAGAGCCACGCCUCUUCACUAUGCCAGCUCAGCAUCAGUGUACCAGCCAGAAAUGGGAAGCCCUGCCCCUGCUGUCACCUCUAACCCAGGAGUGACCAGCAAGGUGUCAGCCUGGCUGCAGCAAACCCACGACAUUGAUGCAACUUCCAACGACCUGGCUCGCUGUCAGGCAGAGCUGACAGAACUUGCCCAGCUCAUCCAGCGACUUAAUUGGCUGGAAGGUGGCCUGCCAAUCACUAACACAGACCUUGAGAUGCGAAUCAGCAUGCAGAAUCUCUCCCUGGAGAAACCCAAGAAGAAGGUGGGGAAAGGGUUUGGUCACUCCAGGACUUUGUCUCGUGUUGAAGCCAUGGGGGGAAUGUUCACCUCCAGCCACCUGAGUACAAACUGCAACCCCGGUUUGGCGGCGUCUGUUCAGUCCAUCCCCGACUAUGUCUACUCUCAGCUGUCCAACCCUCAGGUCACCUCUCCUGAGGCCAAGAAGCUUCACCAGGACAUCUGCGCUGCUUCUCAGAGGGUUCAUUCCUCUCUCAAGUCCAUUUAUGAGGUUUUGAACUUGGAGAGAGAGCGACUGAGGCAGGCCUGGACCGGCCCGGACCUGAGACACAACACCUCACAGCAGCUCGCUACACUCUGCAGCACACUGUCGGAGCUUGACAUACAGUCACAUCUGACCAAAGUCCACUCGCUUUCCCUGUCCUCUGACUCUUCUGAGGAAUCCUUCUGCACCGUCCGUCCUGACCAGAGGACACCAUCUAUGGGUCGUCACAGUCACCGUGCGCCGUCAGUGGCAGAUUCCAUGGCAGAGUAUUUUGAUGCCAGCGAGGUGAUCGUGUGCGAGAGCUCAUCAGAGGCGGAGGCUUCGGACGAGUCAGGUCUCAGUGACAUCACCACCACCAGCAACUCAGAGCCUGAAGAGGGACACGCCACUGCCACCCUGAACUACCGGGCCAGCCUGAACAACGCUCCUGACAGACCCAGCCCAGUGCCCACUAAUACUGGUCGUCGCACUGUCCUCCCCGCCCCAGGAACAGACAACAGCCACAUUGGCAUCAUGACCAUCCUGUACAACAACAUCGGCAAGGACCUGUCUCGAGUCUCCAUGCCAGUCGCUCUAAAUGAGCCGGUGUCUUUGCUGCAGAGGCUCAGUGAAGAGUUGGAGUACUCUGAGCUGCUGGACAUCGCCAACACCAUUGAUGAUCCGUAUGAGAGAAUGGUCUAUGUGGCAGUAUUCUCCAUCUCUGGAUAUGCCUGGGCGUCCUGGAGGUAUCGCUACAAACCCUUCAACCCUGUUCUGGGAGAAACAUAUGAAACUCACAGAGAAGACAGAGGCUUCCACUACAUCAGUGAGCAGGUCAGCCAUCACCCACCUAUCUCUGCCUGUCAUGCAGAGUCAGAAAACUUCACUUUCUGGCAAGAUCAGAGAUGGAAGAACAAGUUUUGGGGAAAGUCAGUGGAGAUCAUCUCUUCUGGACUGGUCAAUGUUACCCUGCCCAAAUAUGGUGAUCACUAUGAAUGGAACAAGGUGGUGACAUGUAUUCACAACGUGCUGAGUCAGGACCGCUGGUUGGAGCACUAUGGUGAGGUGGUCAUCAAAAACACAAAGAGUGACCUCUGCACCUGCAAGAUUACUUUUGUCAAGUCUCGCUACUGGAGCUCAGAUAACACUAAGAACGAGGUGCAGGGUGUGGUCCUGGAUCGGGCUGGAGAGGUGGUUCAUCGUUUUGGAGGCCUCUGGCAUGAGGGCAUUUUCUGUGAUACCCUGCCUACACCAAAGUGCAUCUGGAAGCCCAAUGUGCAGCCUGAUGACUAUGCGCAGUACUACGGCUUCUCACGUUAUGCCAGAGAACUUAACGAGCUGACGCCUGAGCUGAGGGCAGUCCUUCCACCUACAGACACACGCUUCAGACCAGACCAGAGGCUCCUGGAGGAGGGGAAGGUAGCAGAAGCAGAUAAAAAGAAGGAUGAGGUAGAGGAGAAGCAGAGGGAGAGGAGGAAGGAGAUGGCCAAGACAGGGGAGGAGCACAUCCCCAGGUUCUUCAGGAAAUCUCUGGACGAGGCUGGCAGAGAGGUGUGGCUGUCCAAUGGCACCUACUGGAAGCAACGCAAAGACCCAGGCUUUGCCAACACUGAAAACCUGGAGCUGUGGUAGAGCAUGGCAACUAGCUCAGUGCUGAGGAAUAACACCAGCCAUGUGCUAAACACUUGGUAAGGUGAUGAAGAGGAAUAAGACGCCCCUCAGUUAGUAAAAAUGAUGAAUUGUAACCAUGUUAGUCCCAUAGUCUAUGCAUAGAUAAACUGUAGUGACUCAUCAAAAGAGAUCCAGAGGUCCACUGCUUCCAUCACUGCAAGCAUGUAUAGAGUGGCGUUUAAAGGUACACAUGAACCUCUCAUUGGGUUGUUUGUGCCAUGUAGAGGUGAGGUGCCACUAUGGAGCACAUGAAGACUGAAUCUGAUGAAGCCGGAUGUCCAUCCAGCCUUCGGCCUACCUCUUACCAUGAUGGAGACCUUAAAUAUAAUCAAUCAUGAUUCAAAAGCAAAUCUUAACUUGAAAUCUGUUUUUUUUAACUCUUUAUCGCAGCCCUUGAGAAAAUUGUUUUUGUCACAAUUGAGGGCUUUUUCUGUAUGUAAAGUGUUUUGUAUCAUAUUGGUGGGGUACAUGUCAGAUAAUCUUUUGUUAGUUUUAACAUGUUAAUAUAAAUAUAUUUAGGAAGUUUAAUUUUUAUGACAGUUGUGAUGAGUUGAGAAGUCGUUCCAGAAGCUUUCUUCCAGAUGAGGGAUCCAGAACACAUAUCGGGCUAAUCUGGUCCUUGUUGGGGUGUAUUACAGGUGAACUGGUGCUGUCCUGCUCUCUUGCUCAGUGGGUCUUACUGUAUAAACUUGUGUCCAUUUGUAAAGUCGGUGUGUAUUUUAAUCUUGACACACGGGUGAUGAAAAGUUAGCCAAGCCUUCUUCCUCUCUUGCCGGUAUGAUUUGUUGAUGUUCAAAAUGAGCUGACAGAUGAGGAUUGUGGACCUGGACCUUCACACUCUCAGUUGAUGCAAUGAAGUAUUUUUAUUGAUGUUUCAACAAUGGAUUUUAGUAAGGAAAAGAGACUACUGUUAAAACCCUGUGAAAUGUUUUUUCUUAAUGGUUUUGUUUCAAAUAAAAACUUCCAUAAUCA